AUGCCACCAAAUUUGGAAGACUGGAGAUUUGACGAUAAUCAAACAAUAGAUUCUUUCAAUGAGAGUUUCUAUCGUAAUCAGAAUCACUCGGCGAAUUCGUCGGUUCUAAAUCCGUCGCCGUCACCUCGCGGUGAUGCGAAACGACUGUCAGGAGAACAUUUGGCUGUUGCCGCUCAAGUACCUGAAAUUUUCAAAAAGCUCAAUGAAACCAAUAUAAUGUCACCUUCCAUCAACAACAAUACUGCUCCGAACAAAUUGCGUGUGUUAAUCGUGAAAGCAAACCAUUUAGGAAGAGGACCAUCCGCACCGGAUGUUCAGCAGCCAUUUGUUGUCAUAGAAAUGGAUGAACCAGCUCAGAAGUUCACUACCACGAAAGGGAUCAAUGCGUGUCCUUACUGGGAAGAAAACUAUGAUUUCGAUAUAACACCAGCUUCAGAAGAAAUCCUUUUCGAAGUGUACGAUGCAAGCCUGAAAAACACGGGCGAUGAUGAUAACAACUUCUUAGGACUUGCAAUAGUGAAUCUCGAAGAGAUCAGAAAAAGUGGCGAGCACGUUCACAACUUGAAAUUGCAAGGAAGGCCAUAUCGGAAAGAUGAAGUGACUGGUGAACUUACAGUACAGUUCGAUUACUACUACGAUCCGAAGAGUCUGACUCCGGGCAAAGUAGUCGAUACGGUGAGAAUCCGAAACAGUGCUGGAAGCGAGUUUCGAGAGACGGUAACCAGUCAAAGGCGAGCUAUUUACGAUCCCCAUGAUAACUUUGACUCCAUCGAUAUAACACCGAGGAAAACCACGACAGUAGUAGUUAAGACUGUCUCACAGCAGCUGAAGGAUAAACCAGCUAUACAAUCCGUUCACGGCUCCAUGGAGAAUGCUGUUGAUCCGCAAACUCACCAAAUCCUCGAUCAGCAGUUCCGCAAUGAUGGAAAAAUGGCUCAGAUUGGGGUAAAGUCGGUCACAGUUCUUUUCAUGACUACGUUUCCUCCUUCAAAUCUUGAGUUCAAGGCGCAAAUUACGAUGGAAAGGCCCAUUAGAAAUAGAGUUGGUCAGUGA